AUGGAUUGCUUUGUUGGUGCAUCAACGGGUGCACUAAAAGGGAUUUCUUUCAAGGACAGCGCUUUCAGUAAUAUAAAUGAGAUUGCUUCACUGAAACCCAAGCAAGAUGAAAUAACCUGUAUGAGCUGGGCAAAUGAGGAUCAAACGGAAUUGUUAACAGUCCAAAUGGAUAAGCAACUGAGACUGUUUGAUACAACUACGAACGAAUAUACCACACUCUUCACUUUGGGAAAUGGCAGCGGUGCAGUUAAAGGGAUCAAAAAGACUGCAGUGGGUACAUAUAUAUCAGCAGUUGAGUCUGGCGAACUUUCUGUCUCUUCACCAUCAGGAGAAAUAGUGAAGGAGUUGGACGCAGGAAAUAACCUGCUCGUGAUGGUACCUAACUGUGAACAAGAAGGACAUUAUGCAACUGGUGGUAAAGAGAAUCCCUUAAAAAUAUGGGAUAUUGAAAAAGGCGAAAAAAUUUUUAUUGCUAAAAAUGUACGACCAGAUGAAUUGCAGCUUAGAGUACCAAUAUGGGUUAAUGAUAUACGGUUUAUACCGAAGUCGCAAAACAUUGUAACAGUCACUGGUAAGCAUCAGAUAAGACUUUAUGAUCCUCGUACACAGCGAAGACCGGUAAAGGAGAUGAAAUGGGCAGAAGAACCGUUGACGGCAAUGUCCUUGUGUCGAAACGAAAUGCAAAUAGUUGCUGGUAAUACUCGUGGUGAUAUAGGAUUGUUUGAUUUACGAAACAAAAUGCAUCUAGUAUGUAAGUAUAAGGGUUGUGCUGGUUGUAUCAGUGGAAUUGAUGCACAUCAAUCAGCAGAAUAUAUCGCCUCGUGUUCCCUUGAUCGUUUUGUUAGAUUGCAUGAAUUGAACUCGAAGAAGCUUAUCAAAAAGAUUUACUGCAAAGCUCGUUUGAAUCGAAUUUUGCUACGUGAUAAACUUUCCAUCCUUAAUAACGAAGAUGAUGGCAAGCAAGCAAUGGAAAGUGAUGAUUGGCAGAAAAUUAAGGAAGAUGCUAACAAUGAAAGUAGUGAGGAUGAAGCUUUGUGGAAUGACAUGAAACAGAAUAAGGAAAGACAGAUGAAGAGGAAAUUGAAGGAAGAUGAUAUGGAGGAAGUGAUCAAGAAAUCUAAGUCCAUAGAAAGAAGGAAACGAAAACAUGAUGUUGCGAAACCGGAAAUUUCAAAACGAAGGAAGUUGAUAAAAGGGGCGAAGAGAAAAAGCGGAAGCGCUGACGGGACUGCAAUUACGCUGCCGUUUAAAAAAUUAGUCCAAAUCGCUUAA